AUGGCGAACAAGUUUGGAUUAGGUUCUUUAUCUUUAGGAACUAAAAAACCUAACACUACAGCAUGGAUAAAUAAAACAAAACCUUACUUUGUGGAUCAAAUCGGUGACACUCUUCAAGCGGCAUGGGGUAAUUCAUCUAAUCUACCAAUGAAUUUGAGGAAGAUCGAGGAUGUAGACAUUGCAAAAUACACCAAAGAUAAUUGGGAACCUUUAAGACACGAAUGGGAACCUUACGCUAAAAGAGAUACGUUAUGUCUUGGAGCUUGUUUGAUAAAAUACAAUCAAGCAAUGAAAGAAGUUGUAUUUCAGAAUAUUUCCAAUAAUCUAACGGCUCCUUCUUUAUCUUUAAAGGGUUGGUAUUAUUUAUAUCAUUACCAUAAAGAAAUGGUUGAAGAAGAAUGGUAUGAAAGUAUUAGAAUGGUUCCGAAACACACCGAAAAAGAAAACGUAGAAAAAGUUUACUCACAUACUCACCCUUUUAUAAGAUAUAUUAUCAGACAAAGUAUUAAAGGAGGAAGAGUUUCGGCAAAUCGAACAUCAUUUGAAACGAACAAAAUGGAUGAAAUUUGUAAUAUAUUAAAGGAAUACACAGAAACACCAAGUGAUAAUAUAAUUGAUUUAUUUAAAGAAUAUAGUGCUAACCCAAAAGAUAAAACGGAAGUUCACGCUAAACUCAAAGAGCUGGACUAUUCUAAACUAAUGGCAUUUGGCGCUAACGGUUUGUACGCUUCCGCCAUGUCGGAUUUAGAUAGCGAAUAUCCGAGAGCGGAAAGUGGUAGACCAUUUCGACAAGAAGAAAAUAAAGAAUUUGUUAAGCUCUUUAAUGAGCAGAAAUUCAGACCUAGAACUGCUAUUUUAAAAAUCUGGUUGGGAUAUCCUACCUACAUGUUCUUCCAACCCAUACCAGCUAAAGAUAAAAUCACUUUCACGAAUAGAAUAGGUAAAAAGGAAACUGGCACUAAAAUCAGGUUCAGAAAUGGUUUCUGUCACGACGUUUUAACAUCGGUCGAUAUUCAAGAAAUAGUGAAAGCCGGUGGACGAAUUAUUAAAAUAUUAGAUGGUAUAGUUUACGAAGAAAAUUUUAAAACUCCACCCUAUAGAGAUUAUAUUUUAAUUUUGAGAGAUCUAAGAAAUAAAUAUAAACGAGAAGAUACUGAUAGUUUAUACAUUUCAUCUAGCAAUUGGGAUAAAUUAAAUGAAGCUGGGUUGGUGUCCGAAAAUGAUUAUUGUAAAGGAAAUAAUGAUUACGGUGAUGGUGGAAUUAUAUUUGGUUUAUAUUUAGCGCCAAAAAUUAAAUACAAUAUCAUUCUAACUUCCGACGGUAUUCUAAAAGAAAUUAAAACGUUUAAGGGUUACUCUAAAGAUAAGAUAACCGUAGACGAUUAUUUUCGAUUAGCUAAUGGUCACGAUGUAACGAAUGAAUUUAAGAAACCAUGGGUAAAAAGUUUCACCAAUGGAGUAGUAUUCCAAAGGAUGAUGAUAAACAAAAAAAAGUUUUUAGAAGUUAUCUAA